AUGAGACUCCUUGUCUGGGUAAUGCAUUUGUUGCUUGGACAUGGUUUAUGUAAUGCAAUGUAUGAAGAGUACACCGAAAUGAUGCGGCCGCUUGGAGAUGAUGACAUCCUCAAAGUUAUUGGUAAUAUGAUCGAGCUAGAUUCUAAGAAGACCCAUAAGAAAGUAAUAUUUUACAUCAAAAGUAUUGACAAGCAGCAGUAUGGAAACGAAAACAUCAUUGUGAUCACAUCCUCGGAUUCCAAAGAGCCACUGUUUCUAGGAUAUUUAGGUGGGAAGAGGAAGAGGUUAGUUGUACAAAACCAGGCAUUUGAAUGGAAUCUAAAAAGAGUGGAAGGCGUCAAUGGAUACAAUAUUAUGCCUGAUGAUGUUGAUGAUGAGUGCCUAACACUAUUUGACAAUAGUAUUCUAAGCAUCUCUGAAUGUAGGAUUGAAUACAGCAGGCAGAUUUUUGUUUUUGAGGAUGAACCUUAUUCAGAUCGUCGUCGCUAUGAAAAGUAUACCAGACGUGCAAAUAAGAUGAGCAGUCGUUAUUAUUCAGAUAGUUCAUCGGACUUAGCAUAUGACCGAAACGACAACUACUAUUCUAAAUACGCUGAGGAUGAUAGUUCACAUGAGCCAACAAUGUUUAAAAAGAUGAAGUCGUUGCCAGAUUCCUCAGAUUCAGAUGACAUUAAAGAGUUGUUGGAGCCUAGUAUUGUAAUAAUGGCUUCUGAUAUGCCAAAGUCUGUUAAUAGCACAACAACCAGCAGUAUAAACACAUAUAGCGAUAGCAUGUCAUCUCCUAUCCCUGUAACUGUAUCGACCUCUGUUUUAAUAUCGACCUCUGUUUUGACAUCGACUUCUAUAUCGACUGUUUUGGUCCAGGUGACAAAGACAAUUGAUGAGCAGGCGAUAACAAUCAUCAACGAACCAAUAAAAAAUGCAAAACCUCACAGAUGUGUGAACAAAAAUGUUCUUCCGUCGAUUAUCUCGGCAUCGGAUGUCUGCAAUGAAAAUGAAAGCAACAGCAGCAGUGAGUCAUUGAACGAGUCGAAUUACUAUCAAAAUGAUUUGAAGCACUACAAUAACUUGGCAGACAUGAGAAUUCAAGACAUCAAGAGCCUUAAUGAUAUGAAAACAUUUAGCUUAAAUGAGUUUCCUGUGCUUAAAAAAUUUAUUUCUCUGUAUGAAACUGAUAGCAAUACCCAGAUACAAAGCACAAUCACUAAUUCUUAUCCAUUAUCAAUAACAACCGUUGUAUAG